AUGCAUCAUAUCAACAGGGAAGAGAACGCGGUAGCUGACAUAACGACACGAUUUCGGGCGUUCCAAGGUGGAAUUCUAGCGAGAAGGGCUGAUCGCUUAAACGCUAUCAUGAGCGACAUGACCGACAUCCAUUGGGCAGACCAUCUCGCUGAGGCACUUGACUAUGCAACUCCUCUGGACACAUUUAGCAAAGUGAUGGAAAGCGCAGCACGGUUGUUCGACACUAGGCAGCCUGGUCAAGCCAUCCCUCUCGAUUACAAUAGCCUACACCUUUGGACAGUGGCUCACUUCGGUUGUCCUGCAACCGACCUUGUACGACUGUUCUCGGCAAGUCUCAGCGGUCAAGACAGGAGAGCACAUUGGGAGGAGUUGCUGGAAGACUACUAUGGAUAUGUGAAGGAGGAAAUCGGCAGUAGAAAAAUGGCUUAUUCCCUCGAACAG